CGAGCCGGUGGCGCGCAUGCGCACCGGGGCUCUGGAACCGGCGAGCGCUGGUCGGAGGACCGCCGGAGGAGGAUCGUGCAGAGGGAUGGGAAUCGAGUGAAGGAGACGGAGGAGGAGGAGCGGGUGCUCAGUCUCAGGCCUGGGCAUGACCGAUGGCUUCCUGCUCGGAGAUCUGUGGGUCGGGCCAUGCUGAGCAGAGCCAGGGUGUCGUCCGCUGCGGACACCCACAGUACGGCGUGCGCUCAUACCUGCACCAGUUCUACGAGGAAUGCACUGCCUCCAUCUGGGAGCGCGAUGAGGAUUUUCAGAUAACGAGAUCGCCAAGCCGGUGGAGCUCUGUCUUCUGGAAGGUCUCUCUAGCAUUCGGGACCCUGAUUCUGACUACGGGCCUCAUCCUCCUGACUGCCGGCUACACCAUCCCCUCCAAGAUGGAGGCCUUUGGCGACGGUGAGCUGUUCUUCGUGGACAGCAGCGCAGCACGCUUCAACCACGGCCUGCGGGUCAGCCAGCUGGCGGGGGUAGCACUGUUCUGCGCUGGGGGGGCGCUGCUGUCAGGGGGCCUCGUCCUGUUCACCUUCACCAGGAGCUACUCCCAGGAGGAGAAGUAUCUGCAGAGCAAGUUCAAGAUGAGGAUCGCAGAGACGCAGCCUACUGCACAGCCGAUCACGAGAGCGCCCCCUCCUGGAGAGGGCAGAAUUCCAGUUACGCUGUCCAAGGUGCAAAACGUUCAGCCGCCGUCUUGAGCAGCCCGCAUAGGUGUCAUCCGUCCUCUUCAAGGUCAGCAUACAUGGUUAAAUUCGGGAAAAACAUACAGAAUCUAUAUAACCCCCCUUUAAGACAGAUGGACCCUCAGUAACCUAAAGCCAGUAAUCAAGCUUCUUCCAUUUACAGCAGAAACCCUGAAAAGUCCCACAGCUGCCUGACCACACACUACAUCAACGGCACUCACAUUGGCCAUAAAAUGUUUUUUCAGCAACACAUCAUCUCAUAUUACAUAGGCACACAUAUCAUCAUACAGGAAAGACCUUCUACAAGAAGGAAACACUGUCAGGUUUAGCGUUGAUUAACCUGGGGAAUGCAGAUGGACAAAAUGCACUGAUUUGUACCAGACGUAGCCUAAAAGCGCUGAAGAUCUAGUACGGUGUGUAGAGUGAAACUAACCUCUGUUCCAAGCUACUUCCUGUCAGGCGGCAGAGAUCCUAUGACUUCCUGCCGUUCCUAAAGGAAGCACCAGACAUUCUGAAAUAGCAGCAGACCCAAGCCGAGUCACACAGUGACAAAUCCCCACUAGUACACUGAUGCUUAUUAAUUAGCCAUGGAAGCCUGAUUAAGCCGGACAUGCAGAAUUGUCCAUAUUAUCUGGGACCACAUGACAAACAUAAACACCCUGGUUUUCAACUAUACAUAAAACAUCUUUUCCUAAAGUUUUUUUCUCAUUUACCAGUAAACAGCGGCUUCGUUAACUUGCAGACAAUACUUGGCUCGUUUAACUGCAAUGCAACCAUGUAUAGCUGACUUGUUGGUGGUUCUCAUAUAUUUUUGUAGUUAUCUAUAGGCUGUGCUGGUACUAGAAUUGACAACGUUGAUUUUCCAUGCCAAGUGUCAGUUUACAGAAUAUUUAUUAAUGGAUAUACAGGAAAAUCCCCAGGUAUAAUGUUUAUUUAAAAACAGAACAUAUUUAGAUAUAUUUUAUUCAUUUAAUUACAUUGUUUACUAAUGGUGAAUAGCCUACCUUUUUUUUUGGGUGCAAGAUGUUUUAAAAUAAAAUAAAAUACUGUGUCACUGUGCAAAUGAAGAUAUGUGUGGUGUUAAUAGUAAAAAGUAUCAGUUUAGUUGAUUUCUCAUUUCCUGGAGAACGUUUUGAUGUGCUGGACGGGGUGUGUGGUGUAGAGAGGUCAUGGGAUCUCGAGGAUGUCUGCCGCAUUUCUUGGUGGAUGCUCAGAAUUCAAGACUCAUGGACAAAAAUUAUUUUUCGAAGUUAGUCAACAAUAUGAAAACCGUUGUCUGUAAACUGUAACCAAAGUGUCUAUAUUAAAAGCAAAUGAACUGAAAGUAA